AUGGAAAGCAUGCCUANUGAUGCACACUCAAAAUCUAAUUUUCUGAUGCGUGUGGCUAUAAUGUGGACGAUCAAUGACUUUCCUGCAUAUGGAAAUCUUUCAGGAUGGUCAACCAAAGGCAAGCUUGCAUGCCCUUGUUGCCAUAAAGAUACACAAUCGACUUCCUUGCGGAGUAAGUUGUGUUAUAUGGGUCAUCGUCGCUUCCUUCCCAUGGACCAUCCAUGGCGGAGAAGUAGGACGUUAUUUGAUGGGAAAGUUGAAAUGGGAGUUGCACCUAACCCUUUAACAGGUGAUGAAGCACUUGUACAAUUACAAGCUUUGGGUAAUGUGAGUUUUGGCAAAGGACAAAAGAGAAAGCGUGAUGUUCAUAGCAAUGCGUACAAUUGGAAGAAGAAAAGUAUCUUUUUCCAAUUGCCUUAUUGGAAGAGUCUUAUGUUACGACAUAACCUUGAUGUGAUGCACAUCGAAAGAAAUGUGUCCGAUAAUAUUAUAUCAACUGUCAUGAAUAUGGUUGGAAAGACAAAAGACACAUUGAAAAGUAGAUAUGACUUGAUGGAUCUUGGAAUCAGACAAAGAUUGCAUCCUAUUGAGGAUGGGAAUAAUAUUUUGUUACCGGCAGCAUGCUAUGCAUUGUCCACGGAAGAGAAGCUGAAGGUGUGUCAACGUACAGGAGAAAAAGAUACAUGGAUUGAAAUGUCACGAUCAUCAUGUAUGUUGCAAGACAUUUUUCCAGUAGCUAUACGUGGUUUGCUACCCGAGGAAGUGUGUGAUCCAAUUAUAGCCUUAGGAAAGUUUUUCAAGAAUAUAUACUCUAAGUGCUUGACGAUUGAAGAUCUUGAUAUCCUAGAGGCAGAAAUUCCUGUUAUUUUGACCAAACUUCAACUUGUUUUCCCUCUGGCUUUCUUUGAUGUCAUGGUUCAUUUGCCAAUUCACUUGCCAAGUGAGGCAAAGCUUGGUGGACCAGCUCAAUAUCGGAAUAUGUAUCCUAUUGAGAGGUAUCUACGAACACUUAAGUCAUAUGUUCGCAAUAAAAAUCGUCCAGAAGGUUCAAUUGCAGAAGGUUAUUUGGUAGAGGAAAGCCUCACAUUUUGCUCACGAUACUUGAAGAAUAUCUCAACAAAGUUCAAUAAACCAACUAGGAAUGACGAUGGAUCUGUGUCAAAUGAUGAGAUGUAUAUCUUUAAAAAAAGUGGGCAAACAAAAGGUGCCUCAGAUGGCAUCAGGCUAUCUCAUGAUGAGUUUAAACAAGCAUGUAUGUAUGUGCUUCAAAAUUGUGAAGAGAUAUUUGUACUAUCUGCACAAGGACGCGUAAAUGAUGAGCUCAUAAGAUUAGCCGUCGGUCCUGCACCAUUAGUAUAUCGGUAUUCAACAUUUGUGGUGAAUGGAUUUAGAUUCCAUACAAAAGAGCUUGCAUUGAGAAGAAAAAUGCAGAAUAGUGGUGUUCUUGUGAGAGGAGAUGAUUCAGACUCUAAUAAGGAGUAUUAUGGUGUAUUAGAGGACAUUUAUGAGUUAUCUUAUGUGGGAAACAGAAAAGUUUACUUAUUCAAGUGUCAUUGGUGGGAUGUGGCUCGCUUAGGAAGAGGAUAUAAGAUUGACAAAUAUGGCUUCACAAAUGUGAAUACUCGGUGUGCCUUGAAUACAAAUAAGCCAUUUGUGUUGGCAUCUCAGUUAGAACAAGUCUUUUACUUGGACGACAUGGUCGAUAAUGAUUGGCUUGUUGUUGUGAAGACAAAUCCUCGUGACCUUUUCAAAAUGCCUGAUAAUGAUGAUAAUUGUGUAGAUAUUGAAGAUGAAGAAUUACUAAAUGAAGAAGUUUAUCAGCAAAAGGAAGCUGAAUUUAAUACUUUGUACACCAAUGACCAACAAAAUAUUGUUGAGGUGUCUCUACAUAGGGAUAAUGUUGAACCACAAAGUAUUAGCUACGAUCGUGCAAGUACGCAAGUUCAAAACAAUGUGCAUAAUGAGAAAGAUGAUUUCAUUAAUGACAAUCAUAUAGAAAUAUCAGAGAGUGAAGAUAGCGAAGAAGAGUUAUUUGAUGAUGAUGAUGGGGAGGACACUGAUACAUCCUCUUGA